CAAAUUUAAGCCAAGUUAUUUACAAUAAGAGAGUCAAAUGGGAAAGAGAGGAAGGAAGAUCAGGCAACAACGCAAGUAUCGUGUUAAGGAGCAUGAAGAAAGAAAGAUAGCUCUAACAGAACAAGAAGUGAUGAAAAAGAAGGCUAUAAAGAAGGAAAUGAUGCUUAAAAUUAGACAAAAGAAAAACAACUAUACUAAGUGGCUUAUUGAUACAACAACUGAAGAAAUCAUGAGCGGUGGAAGAUUCGAUAAAUCUAAGAUCAGAGAAAGACAAAUUGAAGCUAAAUUGAGUCAAUUGACUGAAGAACUAGCUCAGACAAAUAGUCAAGUCCUUCUAAAUGAGGAUAGGAUGAAUUUUUAUAUGAAAUAUGAUCCAAGUAAAAUUGAGAAGGUUCUUGGGAAAAUGCAAAAAGAAGAGUAUUCUUUUGACGAAGAGAUCAGGAAGUUCAAAUUUGAAAUGAAAGAUACUAUUGAACAAAUCAAUGAAAUAAUCAGAAAAGAGGAAGAGCUUAGCAGGCUGAUAACAAUUCCUGAGUAUAAAGAAUACAAGCAACUUCUCAGCGAGCUUCAAAAUUUAAUCCAAUGCCCAAUCUUUUAUUCAAGAUUUACAGAUCCUCAACUUGCUCCAUCUGGAAUGAUAUACGAUGGAGCCUCAAUCGAUCAACUAUUAUAUAGGUAUUACAAAGACCCAUUCACAAGGGCAAGGUUUGAAGAGAACAUUAAGAGGGAACACUACCUUUCUAGAGAUGUCCUUUGUCUCCUCCAAAAUUAUGCUGAAACAAAGAACAUUGGUUUGGAUAAACUUUAGUUCAGAAAUUUCAGUUGGUUACAUCUAUCCAAUAAUAUCU